AUGGCUGCCAACACCAGCGAACCCCCUUCCUUCACCUUUGGCGUUGAGAUCGAACUGCUCGUUAAACCGAAAGAGAACGCCGAAUUGUCUGAUGAAUUUGAAAAGUACGGGGUUGAUUUCAAACUUCAGCCCAUACCCGUGGAUGAAAAGGACACGAGUCCCGCCGCUAGGAAGCUUAGGGCCGACAAAGAGCACAACCAGAGAGCGAUCCGCCUGGCGUUGUCUGCGGGACUGGAAAAAGCCGGUCUCCCAGCAGCGCUUGAUGGUUCGAUAUACGACACUUGGUACGUGAAGAAGGAGGGGAGCCUCGACGAGGUUGUGGAUAAGCAAAACGGAGGCGGUUACUGGGCCAUCGAGCUGGUCUCGAAAAUCCUGAAUACCGAGUCUCUUGAGUGGGUCACUGAAUUACAACGAGUCUUCGAUGUUGUAACCAAGAACUUCAACAUUUAUCUCACCAAGGGUUGUUCCAUGCAUGUUCACGUGGCCCCACGGCCGGAAUGGACACUGCCGGCCCUGAAGAGGCUCAUGAAGGCCACGGGCGUUUUCGACGAGGCCAUCACAAAGAUCAUGCCCCCGGAUCGCAAGACGAACCCCUGGGCCCGGUCCAACUUUUACGACAGUACGAAGCACACGGCGACGCAGGCGCUCAAGGACACGUUCGCCUUGGUUCCGUCGGAGGGCUGGUUGCCCUUGUUUCGGUACAUCGACGGCAUCAGUUCGAUGGCGUUCGUCCCCGGCAAGUGGGGCGGGGACCGCAACGUGUCCUGGAAUAUCUCUGCCGUCGUGAGUGGUGGUGGUGGGACCGUCGAGUUCCGCCGACCCCCCGGCGUCAAGACGGCUGCCGCGGCCCAGAAGUGGGCUGCUUUCACGCUUGCCUUUGUUUGCGCCGCCACCCAGUCCUCCUCGUGGGUCGACAGGUGGCAGGGCGAGAAGAAACACGCCGGCGUUGGCGAACUCCAGUCCUUCGUCACCGAAGGACUCAGGCGGCUCCGGUGGGAGAAUAGAGGGGUUCUGACCCCUGCCGUCUUGAAGGAGGACAACUCGACGGCCAUCCCUCCCAGCGCCUUCGGGGAAGAACUAAUUAAGCGCAAACUCGAAAAGGGCAACAGAACAAGCGCGUUUGAGGAAAAGAUGAUCAGCUCGCGACAAAACAGCCCCGCCAGCAGCCGCCCCAACAGCAGCCGUUCGGGCAGCCCGGGGCCGGCGGCCGCCGCCUCCGCCGGGGCAGCCCAGAGCGGAACCGGGGUCUCGGGCGGCUCUCGUCCCAGCAGCCCUGCAGGCGGCAAUCGCAACCGCCCGGCGACGCCGCCGCCAGCCCCUCCUGCCGGUGGUGCUAGAACAGCGUCUCCUGCUGGUGGCGGCGCUAGGACGGCCUCUCCUGCUGGUGGUGCUAGAACAGCCCCUCCUGUCGGUGCUGCUAGAACAGCGUCUCCCACUGGUGGCGGUGCUAGAACAGCCUCUCCUCCUGCUAAUAAUAAUGCUGCUGGCGCUAGGACGGCCGCGACGAGGGCCGCCCAGGCCGGUGCCGCGGCUAGGCAGACUACGGCCAGGAGGCCCUGA